AUGGCGACGCUGACAGCACCUCCGUUACUUCCUUUUGCAAGGACCGCAACCACGUCCUCCACCAAGAAGAAGAAGAAGAAUCAUCAGAAGCAACGCGCGCUGGGAAAUUUCGGUCAAUUCGGGCAAGUGCUUCGCAAGGACAUGGAUUUCCUCAAAAGAGGGUUUAACAAUGGCGUUGCGUGGGCUAACGACGCUUUUCGUAUUCCUCAAAUUACGAAGAAAAUUGAUCAUGUUGUUUGGCUUCGCAAUCUUGAAGACCCUCAUGCUUCUGAAUUUUCCAACCCUUCUUGGCCAGAGCCUUGGUACCCAGGACUGUCAGGAGUAGAUUUGCUUAUGUCUGAUUUGAAGGCCUUAGAAGCAUAUGCUCGUUACUUCUAUCAUUCAUCUAAGAUUUGGUCAAAGCCACUGCCUGAAACUUAUGAUCCCCAACAUGUUGCUAACUAUUUCAAUGCCAGGCCCCAUGUUGUGGCCCUUCGUAUGCUUGAGGUUUUUUCGUCCUUUGCCUCUGCCGCGGUCAGUAUUCGAGCUUCAGGGCUUAGAAAGUUGCUACCACUAAAUGCAGAAGAGGACGUGGAUGAUAAAACAUCUGAAUAUAAUUUUGGCUUGGUGUUAAAGGAAACAAUGCUUAAUCUCGGCCCCACCUUUAUAAAAGUUGGUCAGUCGCUUUCCACAAGGCCGGAUAUCAUCGGUGUUGAGAUGUCCAAGGCAUUGUCAGAAUUGCAUGAUCAAAUCCCUCCUUUUCCCAGGACUGUUGCUAUGAAGAUUCUUGAGGAAGAAUUAGGAGCUCCUCUGGAAUCAUUUUUCAGUUACAUUUCUGAGGACCCUAUAGCCGCUGCAUCAUUUGGUCAGGUUUACUUUGCCCGUACUAUUGAUGGUGUUAAUGUUGCUGUAAAAGUUCAGCGUCCUAAUUUACUUCACGUGGUGGUGCGGGAUAUCUACAUUCUUCGUCUUGGGUUGGGGCUGCUGCAAAAGAUUGCCAAGAGAAAGAGUGACCCUCGCCUUUAUGCUGAUGAGCUCGGGAAAGGUUUUGUUGGUGAAUUGGAUUACACUUUAGAGGCUGCAAAUGCAUUGAAGUUUCGGGAAGUUCACUCAUCAUUUUCUUUCAUGCAAGUGCCAAAAAUAUUUUUACUUUUAAGUAGAAAGAGAGUUCUGACCAUGGAGUGGAUGGUUGGUGAAAGUCCAACAGAUUUGUUCUUUGUAUCUACUGGAGAGGUCUCUGAAUAUUCAGAUAGGCAAAAAGUAGAUGCAAAAAGGCGUCUUCUUGAUCUGGUCAGUAAAGGUGUUGAAGCAACAUUAGUGCAACUCCUUGAAACAGGCUUAUUACAUGCUGAUCCACAUCCUGGCAACUUACGCUACACUUCGUCAGGACAAAUAGGGUUUCUGGAUUUUGGGUUGCUCUGUCAAAUGGAAAAAAGGCAUCAAUUUGCUAUGCUGGCUUCAAUAGUUCAUAUAGUAAAUGGUGACUGGGCUUCCCUUGUCCGAGCUCUGAUUGAUAUGGAUGUUGUGAGGCCAGGGACAAAUAUCCGGCUUGUUACCAUGGAACUGGAACAGGCCUUGGGGGAAGUAGAAUUUAAGGAUGGAAUUCCUGAUGUGAAGUUCAGCAGGGUUCUGGGAAAGAUUUGGUCUGUAGCAUUCAAGUAUCAUUUCCGUAUGCCAGCAUAUUAUACACUUGUCUUAAGAUCCUUAGCCUCCUUCGAAGGUUUGGCUCUAGCUGCAGAUAAAAACUUCAAGACUUUUGAAGCUGCCUACCCUUACGUUGUUCGGAAACUUCUAACAGAAAACUCAUCUGCAACAAGGAAAAUAUUGCAUUCGGUUCUUCUAAAUCAAAAAAAGGAGUUCCAAUGGAAAAGGCUUUCCAUGUUCUUGAGGGUGGGGGCAACUAAGAAAGCCUUGCAACUAGCAGCUUCGAGUAGUGUGGCUUCCUCUAAACAUUCACCAAAUAAGGCCACUGGUACAUUUGAUGUUGCAUACUUGAUCUUGAAGCUUUUACCAUCCAAAGACGGUGCUGCUUUAAGAAGACUUAUCAUGACUGCUGAUGGAGCAUCAUUAAUCAGAGCAAUGGUUUCAAAGGAGGGAAAGACCAUCCGCCAACAACUUUGCAAGGUCAUAGCCGAUGCGCUGUGCCAAUGGAUGAUUAAAUAUUUUGGACAAGGAGUUACAGACACUCAGUAUCCCAUGGUGAUGUUGGCCAAUGGACCUAGCAACAAAGAAUCUGGUCGAUCUGCUCGAUCAUCCACACCUUCAUAUGACGAUUAUAACUCCAUCUUUAGAGAUCGGCGACUUCGGGUGAUAUUUUCAAAGAUUGUGAAAUCUGCAAGCAGUAGUAAAGUAUUGAUGCUGCGGUUCUGUUGGUCUUCCCUUGUUAUAAUGAUUUCAGCUUCAGCUUUGGCUUGCCACAGGGUUGUUCUGUCUCUCUCUGAGGCUUACUUGGGUCCGAUAUUCGAUGCACCUAAGCGCAAAAAAUAUGCAGUCAGUGCAUGA